AUGGCUAGGAAGUGCUCCCGCUGUGGAAACAAUGGCCAUAACUCCAGAACUUGCAGUGGUCACAGAUGCCAAGGGACCAGCAUUAGCAUCAGCAGCACUAGUACUAGCCGUGGUAGCUUGAGGCUGUUUGGGGUGCAGCUGCAGGUAGGCUCCUCUCCUCUCAAGAAGUGCCUCAGCAUGGAAUGCCUGUCACCAAUUGCCUACUACGGAGCUGCUGCCGCUGUUACGUCAAGCUUGUCGCCAUCCGUGUCAUCAACUUCGUCUUCGCUUGCCUCAAUAGAGGAGAGCUCCCAGAGGAUCACCGGAGGGCACGUGUCGGAUGGCCUCGUGGUCAGGGUUCAGGACAGGAAGAAAGGAGUUCCAUGGACCGAGGAAGAGCACCAGAUCUUCCUUGCCGGCCUAGACAAGCUCGGGAAGGGCGACUGGCGAGGCAUUUCUCGACACUUUGUCACGACACGGACACCGACGCAGGUGGCCAGCCAUGCCCAGAAGUAUUUCCUGAGGCAGAACAGCUUCACACAGAAGAAGAGGAGGUCCAGUCUCUUUGAUGCGGUUGAAGGUGCUAACAAGGCAGCAAUCCGCAGGACAGCAUCAGUAUCCUAUCUGCAAUUCCCCAGCCUGUCGCCGGUGGCCGCAGACGCAAGGACGACGAAGGGAGCUCCGCCUGCGCUGCUGCCUCCAUGCCUGAACCUGAUGAUGAGCAGCGCAUCACAGUGUGCUGGUAGUAGUGAUGCAUCAGAGUCACAGAACCCAUCUUCCCUUUACUUGAUGGCGAAGCCUCAGGCGCUACUCCAGAUGCCUGAUCUGGAGCUGAAGAUGUCGACAUCCCGGUUAUCCGAACAGCCUGGUGCCUCCCGGGGAACGCCUCUUUUCGGAACUAUCAGAGUUACCUGA